CGAUUCUUUGCUGACUCAAACGUCAAGAGGAACCGAGUGUCAUGGCGGCUCAGGUGGAGGCUGUAGUUGGAGCUCAGUGGUUGGCUGAGGCGGUCAGAAACAAGCUCGUGGGUCCGAGUCUGCGGGUUCUGGACGCCUCAUGGUACCUCCCGCAACUCAAACGGAACGUGCGUGAGGAGUUCGCGCAGCGUCACAUCCCGGGCGCGUCGUUCUUCGAUAUCGAUGAGUGCUGCGACACCUCGUCCCCGUUCGAUCACAUGCUGCCCGCGGAGCGCGACUUCUCCGAGUACGUGGGGAAUCUGGGAAUCGGGAACGACACGCACGUGGUCGUGUACGACUGCAGCGACCUGGGCUCGUUCGCGGCGCCGCGCGUGUGGUGGAUGUUCCGCUUGUUCGGCCACCGCUCCGUGUCCGUGCUGGACGGCGGGAUGAAGAACUGGCUGUGUGAGCGGCACCCGGUCACCGACCUGCCGUCCGCACCGGAGCGCGCGCGCUUCACAGCCCACAAGAACGCGGCGUGGGUGAAGACGUACGAGGACGUCCUGCAGAACCUCACCGACCGGAAGUUCCAGCUGGUCGAUGGGAGAGUGGAGGGCUGCUUCCGGGGACUCGAACCCGAACCGCGCGAAGAUACGGAACCCGGCCACAUCCCCGGCAGCAUCAACAUGCCCUUUCCUUCCUUCAUGGACUCCUCAGGACUGCAGCGUCCGGUGGAGGAGUUGAUGGCAAUGUUCCAGGAUGCAGGCGUCGACCUUCAGAAACCCUUCUGGAUAACAUGCAGUUCAGGUGUCACAGCGUGCCACAUUGCACUCGCAGCGCACCUGUGCGGACACCCAGGUGUGUGCCUGUACGACGGCUCGUGGUCCGAGUGGUUCGCCAGGGCGGCGCCGGAGCACAUCAUCUCUGAGGGAAAAGGCAAACCGCGAGAGACAAAACAGUGAAGAUUUCAGCUUGGGUUGCACGGAUAUGAUGAAAGUGCACAGUGCUUUGUGCAUUGCUUUAACUAAUUAGCUCUUUGCUUCAUCAUGUUUUAAUUCACAUUAAUGACAGGAAGUGAAGUCGUAUAUAGAAGAAUCUAGAUCAGGGGUCUUCAGUCCUAUCCGCAAAGGGCCAGUGUGGCUGCAGGCUUUCAUUCCAACCAAGCAGGAGCUACACCUGAUUUCACUUGUUUAAUCAUUUCACCCUCAUCUCCAAUCAACAAUCAAGUGAGCCUCCAAUUUGGCUGUAAUGAAAGCCUGCAGCUACACCGGCCCUUUGCGGAUAGGAUUGAAGACCCCUGAUCUAGAUGAAGGACCCUUCAUAGGUCACAAACUGAGCACACUACGUACUGAAUGGUUUAAAAUACUACACCUGAGGAAACUGUAGCUUUGCUAAUCUGCUAAGAAUCUGUUGUUUUUGGUGUUAAUAAAAUUUACCUUAAAUGAGAAA